AUGGCAAGUGGUGGGCUGUCUAGACAACGAUCGACCUCUGACCGGCGAAAGGACCUCAUGGUCUCAACCUUCCCGCGAGGUACUCCCUCUGCGCCGAACGCAACCUUCGAACCAUGCGCGUCGACUGAGUCGAUCUUCCUGUAUGCCCAGGGCUCCGAUGUCGUCUGCCUGCACCACGACUCGCUUUCGGUCGAGCGUCGCUUUCAAAAGCACACUGAUAGGAUUCAGCUGAUCGCAGUGGACAAUGUCAGCGAGACUGGGGCAGGAAGGCUGGUGGUCACAUACGAUACCCAACAGACCGCAAUUGUCUGGGACUUGUUCACGGGCGAUCAGAUCUCACGUUUCGCGUCCUACGAGCCAUUAAAAGUCGCUGCGUGGAUGCGGAAUGGCAACAUUGCCUUCGGAAAUGGAAAAGGUGAAGUCAUUUUGUUCGAGCCAUCGACAAGCGAGCACGUCUCCGCGAGGACUAUCUUUGAUCCCAUCACGGCUAUUGCACCGGCCUCUGACUGCAAGAACUAUGCGAUCGGGUACAAUAACGGUUCUAUACUUCUGGCAGCGCUUCAGCCCUCGUUCACUAUUCUCCACACUUUGACCACCUCCCGUGCUCCAUCGCCAAUCACAUCCCUGUCUUGGCAUGCUUCAUCUUCGAAGCAAAAGUCUGACAUGCUCGCAACGCAAACAGCGGAUGGAGAUCUCAGAGUUUGGAGUGUAUCAAAGCCUCCUACAACCGAACUGCCCAGGGUCAUUCGAGUGCUCAAACGGCCUGAACCAAAUUUCUUGCCCGGGAGAACUUGGCUAGCAUGGUCUCGAAACGGCCGCAUUAUACAGUAUUCUGAGGACGAGACGUGGUCUUGGGACGUACGUACCAAACACGUUACGUAUGAUACGUUACCAGUAUUGCACGGCAUUCGUGGGAUCGCAGCAUACGGCCCGAAUGCUACUCUGUUUUCGCUGGGUCCCGACUUCACAGUUCGGCAGUAUGAUGCUGAGCAGUGUCGAAUAACUGCUAAUAUCCGCCAUGCCCCAAGCAAUAUUUUGCCCACUCCACCCGAGGACAAUCAACUAGGCUGGACGACUUCCGGCAGUGAAGACUCUUCUGGACACUCGCCAAUUGCACAGUCUAAACGAGCUAUGGUAGACCGAAGCCGUGUUCUGAGUCCUCAGUCGUAUAACAGCAACGCAGUCUCGCUACAAUCACGAGCUUCAAAGCACUCAAUACCAUCACGCAGGGAUGUCGUGUCACCGGGACAGCAAAGUGAGAUGACCGGCACUACCUUUAGUGUUGGUGCUGCGCCGUCGUAUAUCCAUGAUUAUUCGAAGUCGCCCCAAUCGUCGCGGACUCAGCCAAAGAAGUCUUCGAGACUCCGACAGCAGGUCAUUCUAAGCCCCCAAGAGCGACCUGUGGAUGAUCUGUUUCCGUUCACAAGGGCAAGACUCGAUGAAGUGCCCUACAAACCGCCACGGAAAUUGAGCGACUCUGAAAUGACGCCGGACAAUUUGCGCCGUCAAAUGCUCCAAGUAGUUUUCGGUUGGGCAGAGGACAUCCAAGACAUGAUACGAGACGAGAUGAGCAGGCAUGCUCCAGACAGCCAACAUGCCAUUUUUCUCUCCAGGUGGCUUGACGAGGACGACGAGUAUCUAUCUGAAGUCAUGGGCAGCACCAGUGUCCUUUCAAGCAUGGAUUGGAUGCUUCUUGCUCUCGGCGCUAUCGAUCACUCAGCAACAGCAAGAAGAAUUACCCAAGUCUUCAUCGAGAAAAUGCUGAGCAGAGGCGAUGUACAUGCAGCCGCGACGAUGCUUCUGGCCCUCGGUAAUCAUUCAGAUGCGAUUGAAGUAUAUGUGUCCCGCAGUCAAUUUAUGGAAGCAGUAAUCUUGACCUGUCUGGUGACUCCCUCCGAUUGGCAAAGACAAUCUCAUCUAGUCCGGAAGUGGGGAGAACACGUCGUUGGCAACUCCCAGCAGCAGUUUGCAAGAAGAUGUUUCUCCUGUUCUGGUGACGAGCCGACCGAGCCAUGGACUUCGCCAUCGGUGGCACAAAUGUCAAGUCAAAAUCUGUCGAGCCAGAACUUGAGCCAUGCCUUGGCAUACAUCCCAGAGAACCCCAUCUCGGAGGAAGUGCCGAGAGACUUCGAGAACAUCUAUGCGCGGAACUUGGACAGACGUCGUGGGCUGGAUGCUCCUACUCCUGUUGCGAUGCCGGCUCCACCAACUCCAUUCAGAGCGGCGCUUUCUCAGAACACUCGCGUUACACCGCAGACCUCGGCCUUGAAGCUUGUGACGGACUUUGGUGCUUCAGAGGUUCCGCAGGAGUAUCGGUUCCCAGGCCUGAAGUCCGCCGACUACACUCCCACGGCCGGUGCUACCGUGACACCGAUCGCUGAGUCGGCCAUCGACAGAUCGGCAUUGUCGCCUGGCGGCGCUGGCAGUUAUCGGCAGAACAACAUUCGAAGUCUGAACGCGGCCAUGUCAGCUCGUGGAGUUUCGACAAAUCACAAACACCGCCUGCCGUCAAUCGGGGAGACUCCAAUUGAUGUUGAAGGUCCCUCCUUCAAGCGAUCGCCUCCCCCGCCCCUUCCGAACAACCAAUUAGCGACUCCAGCUGACUCGAGCUCGGAACGUGGACAAGAUUCGGGCGAAAAUGAAAGGAGCAAUGGGCCGGACCAAGAAUCAAAUCGAGUUGACGAUAGCAUGGUCGAGGUCCCGCCUCCUGAUCGCGGACUCCUGUUAUUGACACCAGCCCGCUACGAGCCGACUACCCAAAAUGCGGAGAAGCCGACGCCUCAGACGGCAGUGCGCCCACGUGCAGGCUUGGAAUUUCCACACGCGAAUUUGCGACCUGACUCUAGGCAGAGUGAUCUGGAGGAGCUCUCCAACAUGGACCAAUUCCGACCGCGUACUGGCUCCAAGAGCCGAAAGCCUGAUGGAUUGUCCAUCAAUCUGGCUCCCACUGUGAGCGAGUAUUCCGCGACGCGGCCUCCAACAGGCCAAACCUUUACCACAACACAGAUCGAUACCGAUAGCGAGCUGACGAGUCCACUCCGGACCGGAGACACGCUCGACAGUCGUGGCAAGAGUGCUACUGCCAGCCUCAGCGGACGCAAUAUCGACCACUAUAUCAGCAGUCUAGAGCAAGCUCAUUAUUACAGCAAACACUCGAGAUCCAGGGAGACUUCAGCGAGCAAGAUGACGGGAAGUCGUGGUACCACUCGUCGUGGCUCUGAUGCACAGGAUCAUAGGACGCCAAACCCGGCGAAGAAGUCGCCAUCAUCUCCAAUUCCAAUGUCACCGGAGGACCUUCGCAUGUACACCCAAAGCGUUGACAGUAUGACUACGUCAUAUACGUCGAGUGCUCCCGGUGGUAACCGGAUUGGCACUCCUGCAAGUCGUUCUCGUCUGGGCAAACAUCAGAUUCGUGCAAACAACGAUGACUCAAGGCGUAAGAGAUCUCAUUCAGCCAAGGCAAGAGGAGAGCAAAGGCAUGCCAGCCAGAUGGGCGCAGUCGUAACCGGUCUCAUCGCUCUCGAGACGGCAGCCGGCAAAGAGAAGCCUCGACCGAGCCGCGCCGGAAACAGCACAGGUCACGAAGCCGUCAAGCCGACGAGCCCGAAGGCCAUCUAUCGAGGAGAAGCAGCACUAGCACCCGUGACAGAAGACAUCGAAAAGACAAAACCUCUGAUCUCGACAAAUUUGUCCCUCGACGCAGAAGUUCAAUCCGCCAGCUCCAACAACCGCGAACCACGAAGCAGACGUCGUGAGCUCGCCAAAGAACUCGCAGCAGCUGAGCUCGAGGCUCGCAGACUUUCGCUCGCACGUCGACCUUCUGCGCCAAACAUACCAUUCCCGGGGCAAGGAGCACAUGGCAAGUCGGCGUCUGAGAGUCACGCGCCGCCACUGUAUCGCCACCAUACUGACGACGGAUUCACUCGCGUUCAGGGCGAAUCAAGACUGCGGAGACCAUCAACUCCUCGAGCCAUGCAAGUCGAUCCUGCAACGCUGAAUGAGGCUAGGAUCGACGACUUGCCAGAAGUACUUCCUAGUAGCACGUACCAGACACCGAAGAUUGGUCACUCCAAGCCCAGCUCCCGUCCUGGGACAAGCCACUCUGGGCGAGGUCACGCGCGAACUGCUUCGAAGGAACAGGAGGAGAUCAGAACAGCCCAAGAAAUUGCAGCUGCUCUGGGUCAGCUGCCUCGUCACCCCGCCUUCAACGCAGGCGUCGCGCGUUCUCGCUCGAAUUCUCGAACCCGCGAUCGUGACUAUCCUCGGCGCGAUACUUCGCUUCCACGCGGUGUCUCCCGAGAGCCUCUGCACAAAUCACCGCCACUGCACGAAGAACCGCCACUGAUCAUCGACACCCGCACUGCCAACAGCGGCCCACCCAUGGUUCUACCGGAACUCCAGCACUUGGUCUCACCGCCACCACCUCCGCCUCCGCCGCCUGCUCCGCCGAAGGACAGGCCUCAGCUUGCAAUACGAACUAAUACUAGUGAAAUUGCAUCGAGAACACCCUUACCACCAUCCGCCAAUCCGCGCACCGACGAUGGAGUCGUAGCUGGUCCUUCCACCCUGACCGUGUCCGGCCUCAACGGCGUCCCACGUCCCGCCAGCGCCACUGCCGCAGGGCCCGCAUACGGUCAUCGCCGCGGCCGUAGCGGCAACCUGGGCAGUGAAAGCCAAUUGAAUGGCAAGAUCAAGAAUCUGUUUGGCAAAAUGCGUACGCCUAGUCAGGGCAGAGGUGAUAAUGCUAGGAGCCCACCGCAGCCGCAGUGGCAGGGCGGGAACGUCAACGGUGAAGCGGAUUCGUCGCCGUAUGAGACGAACACGGGUCUGGGGUAUUCGGAUCGGAACUUGGCCGCACAGGUGCAGUGA